CCGGUUGCUAUCUCCCACGCAAAUCGAUCACUUCACUCACUCACUGACUCUCUGACUCACUAACUCACUCGGUCACUCGCUCACUCGUUCAAUUGAUCAAUCAAACGAUCCAUUCACUAUUUUUUCGGCGAACCAACCAACCCAUCACUCACUUGCUCACUCGUUCAAUUGAUCAAUCAAACGAUCCAUUCACUAAUUUUUGACGAACCAACCAGCCCAUCACUCACUCGCUCAGUCGUUCAAUUGAUCAAUCAAACGAGAUCCAUUCACUAUUUCGACGAAAGAACCAACCUAUCACUGGCAAUCAAUCAGACAAAACUCAUAAGAUUGAGAGGGCAAGAAAGGAAAAAAACGAAUAGCAUAAGAAGAGUCGAUAUGGACCAGGUGGUUACUUGCCCUGAUACUUGUCAGUGGGAUGAGGAGGAGGUGGUCCUCGACUUCGUUACUGCCUUUCGAGACAGCGUCUUUGAGGAGUAUCACGUAUUUCCGACUCAAUUAGCAACGCUAGACACGCAGUCAUGGCCCCAUUCUUGGAGUAAGCAAGACCCUUUUUGGCUGUCGGCCUUUCUAGACGACGAACCCCUCAGCGUCCAUUUGCUGAAGACGAACCGGCACAUAGACUUUUUGAACCGAUUCACGGAAUUCUGCACGACCCACGGAUACCAUCCUUACAAGUACGAUGUGGUGGAAAUGGUAGGCGAGUUCUUGGCGCGUUCAAGGAGACGGCUUGACGCCCCGAAUGGCCGAGUGCAGCAGCAGGAGGAUAGCAGUGAUGGGCCUUCUUCUUGUAGGAUGAUGGACAGAGACAACGACAAAAUGUGUGCUUCAUCAGUGGAUGUUGACAGUGGUGAUGAUCAUGAUGAUGAUGAUGAGGAGGAGGAGGAGGAGGAGGAGAGAGGUUAUCUUGGGAAUGACGAUUAUGAUCAGUCUUUCAGGGACUAUUUGGCUGCCGAUUUCAAAGAGUUUUGCAUCGUCCAUCACGCUGCAGAGAGGGAGAGGUGUUUCCUCCGCUCCGGAGAGGACGCCAGGAAUGAGACGGACGAGGUUAUCGCUCAGCAACUGUACGACUACGCGAGGAGCGAGAUGGCACAAGGGGAUUACGACGUCGACGAGGGUUUUCGAGCCCAUCUGAUCGAUUUCGAUCUGGCGGGAAUCGACGGCCAGCGCUUUUCGUUACGGAUGUUCAUGUUGGACGCCACCGUGCCUGCCGAUGAAACAGGCUGGUUUGCGAAAGUCUAUGAUCGCCAGACGGAUGCGCUAAUUGCCAUAGCCGACGGCGCGAGAGCUGGCGGUCCCUUCGCUGACCACUGGACAGAAGUCAGGCUGGUCCAGGAGUCUGAAUGCAUUGUUGCAAAAAGGUACAAGCCGCACGGCGAUGUUCCGACGAUGCUAAAGUUUUCCGGGCGCUUGGAACUCGAUCAAGACCGCCCAUUUGCCUGUUCACACCCUCCUCCUCCUCCUCCUCCUCAGCAGGCUGACAGGUCCUCCUCCUCCUCGUCGUCGUCGUCGUCGUCCUCCUCCUUCUCUAGUGCCGCUCAUCACCGAGACCCCUUCUUGACUUGUUGGGCCCCUGAAGCAGCGGACGGUUGCGAUUUGUCCAGCAUGAAGGCCGAAGACAUUCAGGCCCUGAGGAAGCUACACGAAGCGUCUCUCUCUCACGGAUACCUCUCCUACGCCGGCGCUUCGGAGUUGGAACGCCUGAUUCCCGUGGCCGCUUCCUUGAGUCGAAUACACACUGGAAAUCAUGUGGACUUCGACGCCUGCGUGAUCACUUGCAGACUUCGACCGUGCCUCCUCAGAGAUACGACCAGGUUGCGACGCAGGCUGUUGCAGUGCAUCUUCAAAGGAUCACGAUGGGAGCAUUUGCCUGAGGACCUAAUCAUGCGUAUACUGAGCUUCCUUCCUCAACGCCAUAUAUAUCGGGGCAAGCACAGCAAGCCAUAACACGUCCGGCUGCCGGUAGGUUAGCGAAUUCAUACACUCAACGGACACACACAGACAGACACAGCCAGACACACACAGAGUGCCAAUGAUAGCUGUGGACAAUAG